ACAGCGAGAGUUUGAGUUUAUGACCGUAGUGCGGUUUCCGUCAGUGCACACUGCAAUCUCGGGUAAGCCCAGGUGUCUUAGCGCAGUCCAAUGUGGGCAAGAUACAAGUUUGAAUUUGGCUUACACGAUAAGUUGUUAAAGUUGGAUCAUGUUUGCUAACUGCACUGUGUGGAUCCUUAAAUGAUGACGGAUGGAUGAACGCUUCUUUGUCAAAAAAGUUGGGAUCUACGAAAAAAUAUGUCCCACUGGCGACGUCUAAUGGACGUAUCACGCCGAGGUAUCUGUAGGCGGUGUGGUCUACCGGAAGCCCUACAGGACCCGUACAGACUGUGGGACUCCUUGCCCUGCCCUCCUCCGUGGAACAAAGAUAUCAUCUUCUCCACGGAGUGGAACCGGCGGCUCGGACUGGAGGAAGGAUUACGGAUCAUUUUCAGGAUCGCAAGACGAUGUAACAUCACAACACCAGAUACACAUCAACUUCCGGGACGCGUGGCGGCGUCCAUGAUACUGACGUCUUGUGAAGCUGGAUGUCGCAGUGUUGUAGUACUUACGUGUCUGAUUCUUCUCAUCGCUGGAGUCUUUAUAGUGGCCUACCUAAUAUACACAUCGGAGCGCCACAGGAAGUUGACCAUCGCCGGUAAGAAGGCGAAACGACGUUGGAAUUCAGCGCCUCCGGAGAGGAAGGCGAACGGUGACAGCAGCCAUGUGUCAUUUGGGGGACAAACGGAAGUGAAGAAUGACAUAUGCAGACGGGAACUCUAUGUGACACUAGAGGGCGUUGGAGGGUCGCCACCUACCGGAGAAAAUGUUAGAUUUAUGCACCAUUGCCAGUUAAAUACCUAUGGAAAUUUACCAGACACUCCUGUGGCAGGGCAUUCAAAUUUAAAUAUGUCAAUGAAAGGUCAAGGCCGCAUUGAUGGAAAUUCCCCAGUAUCUCCGACAGUGACCACUUUUCAGUCCGACACGAAAAGUGAAGGACGAGGCGAUCCCAUUGAUCAUUUUUAUGAAACCCUUGGUAGGAAAUCGUCAACAAAAUCAAACACCAGCGAUGAAUAUAAACAAUUCCGAGACAACAGUGUGAAACUUGAAACUCCCAUAGAGGAGGAUUCACGGACUACUGGCGAAGACAAAUCACCAGUAGAUCAUUUGUAUGAAACACUCUCCCUACGAAACGGGCUUAAGUCCAAACUGGAUUUCCCGUCGUGUGGUAAAACUGUGGACACACCACUUGCGGGGAAUGUUGUGAGAAGGUGGGAAUACCAAGCGACACUAAAUCGCAAGGCUCGGAUAAGGUGGACUGAUGACCUCGAAGGGUGAUAAAGUUCUAUGUCCUUGCUACAUGGGGGUGUACUUAAGUUAUUCAUAUAUGUCUGAAUGUAUGUGUGAAUGGAUUGAAUGAUGUAUACUAUGCAUCGAUAGAUCUGUACUGUACGCAAAACUGUAUUUUGAUAUUGCAACUGCUGACAAGGUUCUCAAUGUACAGUUUCAUUAGCAAUUGUCUUUGAAAUUUAACUAUUGGCAGUGAUAUUUUACACAAAGGCAUAUAUCUAUAAUAUACAAGAAAAAAAACGAAAUAUCGCACAUAGGCAAAAAGUGUUUCUAUGUCUUUAGAUUGAAUAGUGUCUGAGUACACCGACGCAGAAACAAAAAAUUGUAACUCAGGAUUGCUAAAUGAUUAGGAAAACAUGAACAAAAAAUCCAUAUCGUAUAAGAUCAAGAUGUCAAUUAUAAAACUUUCCUUUAGUCUUCAUCAAUUUACAUCUUUCGAAAUCCUGUUUUGUAAAUUGUUUCUGACGGCAGCUGGAAUCUAUAACGGGGUUCGCGAUACUGGAGACAAGUCCUUGAACAUUGAAUUGCUAUUGAGAGAUGUGUUCUAUAUUUCCUUGUACUUUAUCAAGGACCUCCUUGUGAAUCUUCUUGUUGUCUCCGUAUUAUUAGCAAUAAGAAUACUGUUGAAUGGUCUAACGAUUCCUGUACGUUAUGCAUCUGUUUAUCUUACAGAGAGAAUAAAGAGAGAUUGCUGGUAGUUAAGAGGUCAUAAGUACAUGUAUGAUUGACAGUUUAUGUUUGAUUGAUUUGAGUUCUGAGAGCAGAUACGAUGAUUGUUAAAAAAAAACCACUGGCUACAUAAUAAAUAUAUAAAUAUAUAAAUAUAUAUAUAUAUAUAUGUGUGUAUAAUUUAAACCUUGUAUAUAUAGAUGAGCAUUAAUUAUUAUGUGUACGUUUCAGCUACAUUCCGUAAUUUAUAUUGGCCUAAAUGUAACUGGCAUUUAUUAUGUAGAGUUAUCUCCGCUGUGACUGCAAGUGUCAUUCGAAACUUCUCGGGUGUGUUUGAUAACCUACUUAUCACAUGUAGUAAACCGUUCUAAUAUUUUAGGAUACGGUAAGUGUACUGUAUCAAAAUGUAACAAUAUAGCAAACAGUCGAAAACUCCUCGUAUAUGAUAAGCUCUACCGAUGAUACAGUAAUUAAUGGCGUUAUACUAGUAACACCGUAAUUUUUGCUUUGUAUUUGAUGUUCUGAAUAUGAAUACUUAUUAUAUAGACAUGCCCCAUCAAAAUGAUAUGUAAUGAUGUGUUUUCGAUAUGUAUAUGUAUACACAACGACAAAUUAAAGUUCUCUUCUUUCA